ACUGUAGAGGUUUCGCACCAGAUAGAACCCCGUCGCGCCAAGCGAGGCCAAUUUUGGAGCCAAAUCGAUGCCAAUUUCGUUUGGCGGGAAAAAUUAAUUUUUAAUUUUCAUUUCUCUUUAUUAUUCCCAAAUACUAUAUAUGUUUAUUUGACUUAAAAUUAUUAUUUUUUUCUUGUCAAAGCAAUACUCAUUUGUCUCCACCUACACUUCUUCCAAAAUCAAGAACACAGAAAAAUUCCUUCAACAGUUCUGAACCAAGAACUCAAUCUUCAUCCUUCUAAUUUCUUCAAGGGUUUCUAUUUUCCCUUUUGCAUGUCUAGUUUCUUGGGUAUGGAUGCGGUGGUAAUGGACUCUGAUGAGUGUUCGAAGCCUUCGACUACGGAUGGCCAAACUUGGCCACGGAAGGUCCAGAAGCGGAAGAGGGGUUGCAUGGAAAUAGGGAGUUUAGACAAGGAAGAGAGAGAGGCGAAGAUCGAUGGCCUUCAGAAGGAAAUUGACAGUUUGUUUAAGUAUUACGAUGAAGUUAAGUGUCAGAAAGUGGAUCUUGAUUUAGGCCAAUGUAGUUCUAGUAAUUCGAUUGUUGCUGCUCUUAUGGAAGAGAGUGAACUACCGUUGUCGAAGCUUGUUGAUGAGAUUUACGAGAAGAUGAGGAAGAUAGAUCGUGGUGGUGUAGUGGAAACAGUGACUGUUGCAUCUGUGAAAGCUUCUGUUCUUUUUGUUGGUCGGAGGGUUAUGUAUGGCGUGCCUAACGCUGAUGCAGAUGUUUUAGAAGAUGACUCUAAAGAGUGUCUAUGGUGUUGGGAGACCAGGGAUCUAAAGUUGAUGGCAAAAUCCACCCGUGGAAUAUUGAACAUUCGCCGCACAUGUCGGAAAAAGAUUCAUGAGAGGGUCACUGUUCUUUCGGCAAUGAUGUCAACACUACUUAAGUCAGAGACUGAUCAGUCUUGCAUUCAAGAGUUCACAAAAGCAUCAGAAAAGCUUGGUAAAGUAUUUGAUGAAGCCAAGAUCCGUGUACUUGUGGAUGGGUUGUCACAGAAGAUUGCUACUGAGAUGGCUGAGAAGGAAGCAAAACGAGAAGAGAAGCUAAUGGUCAAACAACUAGAGAGAAGUCAGCGGGAAGCUGAAAAGGAGAAAAAGAGAAUAGAUAAGGAACAACAAAAGGAAAAGUUGCAAAAUGAAAAGGAGUCAAAAGUGACAGAAAGGGAAGAAAAGCGUCGAGAAAAAGAAGAGAAUGAAAUGAAAAAACAACUUAGGAAGCAACAAGAAGAUGCUGAAAAAGAUCAACGUCGUAGAGAGAAGGAAGAAGCUGAAUUUAAAAAGCAACUUUCUUUACAGAAGCAAGCUUCCUUAAUGGAGCGCUUUCUUAAAAAAUGUAAACCUAGUCUGUCAUGCCAAAAUGACCAAUCAACAACUGAAUUGAUUACAUCAGUUCCAUUGAGUAAAAAGAGUGAAAACAUGCCAGAGGCUUGCACUCAGUUAAUGGACUGCACAUUUUCCUCAAGUGAUGUUAUCAUUCCUGUUGAUAUCCGCAGGCAGCAUUUGUCUUCUUGGCGCUUCAUAGGUCAUUCAGUUCGAUCAAGAGGAAAAAAGCACUGGGGCAUUCGUCAGAAGCCAAAGUCUGAAUUGUUCAAGGAACUUAAACUUUCAGCUGGCAGAGAAUCAGCUAAUGAUGAUGAAUUGGGUGAGGAGAGGCUUGUAGAUGGUUGGGAAGAACAAAUAAUAGGUGCUGGAACCAGCCAGACAGAGUUAUGCAGUACUUUGCUUGAUGUCAGGAAGUCAAACAGAGGAAAACAGUUGCUGCAGUUUGCAAAGAGCUAUAGACCUGCGUUUUAUGGAAUUUGGUCCACAAAGAGUCAUGUUGUUGGACCACGCCAUCCUUUUAGGAAAGACCCAGAUUUGGAUUAUGAUGUUGACAGUGAUGAAGAAUGGGAAGAGGAGGAUCCUGGUGAAAGCCUCUCAGAUUGUGAUAAGGAUGAUGAAGAAAAUCUAGAAGAGGAAGGAUGCGCAAAAGCCGAGGAUGAUGAAGAGAGUGAAGAUGGAUUUUUUGUUCCUGAUGGAUAUCUCUCAGAAAAUGAGGGUGUGCAACUCGACUGCAUGGAAACUGAUGAUGCUGAUGAGGUUGGGAGCUCACCUAGUUCUAAGGAAGAUAUGCAGGGCAAGGAACUUUAUAGUUUGUUUAAGCAGCAAAAGCAUCUCUACAACAUGACAGGCCUUGCACUUAGAAAAAAUCAGCCCUUGAUUAUAUUAAAUUUAUCGCAUGAGAAGGAUAGUUUGCUAAUGGCUGAAGAUCUUGAUGGCACAUCUAAGCUGGAGCAGACUUGCCUAGCAGCUCUCAGUAUGCGCUUGAUGCAGGGUGGAUGUCCCAUAGAGAUAUCAGUUGAUGGAAUGGCAGAUGAGGAUCCAGAGAUGUGCACCCCAACUGACAAGGACAAUGGCACCAGCACCCAGAUCUCGACUUCAGCUAUCCUUGAUUCAGACAUGACUGCAAUUGUUUCAACUAUUCAGUCCUGCUCACAGGGCAUCAACAAAGUUGUUGAGUCUUUGCAGCACAAGUUCCCCAAUGUACCAAAAUCUCAUUUGCGAAACAAAGUCCGGGAAAUAUCUGAUUUCGUAGAAAAUCGAUGGCAGGUUAAGAAGGAGAUCUUGGAAAAACAUGGUGUUUUGGCAUCUCCAGAAAAAGGUACCCGGAGACCAAAAACUAUUGCAGCAUUUUUUUCAAAGCGUUGCUUGCCACCUGCUGGAAAAUGUAUUAAUCCGAAUGAAACUUCACCUCAAUCUUUGAAACCAGGUUCAGCCGUCCAAGAUCAAAGAACUUGCACGAAUCAGCAAUAGCAUCAUCUCAUUUUUACCAGGUUUUGUCUUCCAUAACAAGCCCAGAUAUUUGUGAAUCUUGUUGUAAACUGAACUCUGAAAUGUUUGAAAAGAAAACAAAUGUAAGGGAUGCCCUCUAGUUUGGAAAAUAUAUUUUUUUGAGCCAAUCAUGAAGCUAAGUGAUACAGAAA